AAGAAAAUAAGAGUAGAUGUGGAAAGAUAUACAAAUAAAGUAGUAUUCAGAUAGCGGGAGGUAAGGUAAGAAGAGAAAUCAUGGUUUGUAUAAUAUGAGAUAGAGUUUUGAAGAGGAUGCAGAUAAUAAUGGUAUAUUGUUAGAUAAAGAAGGAUUAUGGCGGUAAACAUAUAAAGAGAGAAGGGAACAAGAUUAAGAUAAUAUAGAGAUUACUCCUAAAAGGUAUAUGAGACCAAUGAGUGCAUUAAUAUCACCUAGUGAUGGUUUUUCAUCUAGAUAAAGACCUAUUACAGCACUAGGAUAAAAAGUGUAAGGGAAAAAAAUGUUAAAGAUUGAUGAAAAUGCAGAGAUGAUAUCAGUGCCAUAUCAUUCUGAAACAAAGUAUUGGAGAAAUACAAAAAAAUUUGAUAAAAGUAGGUAAUUUAAAUAAGUUAUUAAAUAGCAAAUUAAAAUGUUAUUCGUAAUCAUUCUGCUUUAUAGAGAGUAUCUUUGGGAGGCGAAAGUGAGAAUUAUAAUAUUGAAGAGGAAGAAGCUAAGAAUUAAAAUUUGAUUGAGAAAUAGAUUAUGAAGAAUCGAUUAUUUUCACCAAUAUAGAGUUAAGGAAAGCAUUAAAUAAAUGAUAGAGAUAUUGAAUAAAUGACAGAAGGGUUUUAUGAGCAUGUUGCAUUAAUAAAGGGAAGUAGAAAUAUACCUAAAAAAAAGGGGUUUAAACAUUCUAAUUUAUAAAUCUAAGAUAAUCUUACUGAUAUAAUGAGAUUGAUAAAAGAAUAGACAUACACAAAAAGUCCUCUUAUUGUUAAAACUAAACCUUAUGGUAAGAGAACUUAGAGUGCAGUCAAUAAAUAGUAGAAAGUUAAUUAACGUUAUAGAACUAUUAGUGGGAAAGCAUAACUUAGAGCAGUGAGAGGAUUCUAACUAUGA